GGAUCAUUACUGUUCCACAGAAUGACUGAAUGGCGAGACUCUUGCUGUGAACUUAUUCAAAUAAAUCUCCGUGCGCACUUCACUGUAAACUUGACCCGCCGAGCGCUCGUGAUGCCUCGGUAGGCACCAUGCCUGAAGCCUCUUGCACGCAUUCUCACACCUAUGGAACAUGGAGGAGUGGGAAGCAUAUUGCUAAACUUCAAAACACAUGUAAAUCAAGUGUUUUAUUGUAUGUAAUUUUCACUUGUAUAACAAUAAGAGAACGUUUCCAUAAACAAAAUAAUAAAGAAUGUGAGUCGAUAUUGUCGAUGACUUCAGCCAUUCUUAUUCAAUGAGAACAGGCUACACAAAUAGGCUACACAAACGUAUGAAUGUUCAGGUAGGAAUGGUAGGUAUUUGAAGCUGAAGUUAAUAUGGCCAACAUAAAUCAAGUGUUCCAUAAAAAAGGGCAUUCUGUGAUAGAGGAUCAACACAGAUUGAAAUACGUCGCCCGAGCUAUUCAAACAAUGUUCAUUUGUUUCUGUUAAGUCACUUAUGUCUGAACUGUAGAAGCAGUUGUAUAAAUACAGAACAGGCUGCACACACAGAAACCAACAUUCCUCCCUAGCCUACUGUAGGCUACAGCCCUGAAGAUUCCACUUUCCUUCACUAGGUGUUCACAUUUGACAUGGAAUUAGUUUAGGGGUAUAGGCUCUAAGACCCCUGUUGACCCCCCUCCUAACCCCACCCACUCCUUUCCUUCUCACCCCUCCCUGCCCGUGCCUGCUCCAAGUGUCCAGGGAAAGUAUAAAGUGGGAAGGGACCCGCAAGGACGGGACAUACGCUUCUGGGCUGGUACAGUCAUUGCCUCGGAAAAUCUCCAACCUCUGGUCACUUUCUCUGCUUCUCUCUGUUGCAUAACUUGGGAGUCUUUAUUUCCGAAUAGGAAUAACUUCAAGACCAUCAACAAAUAGGCGACUUGAAUGCUGACCUAUUCCUGUUUAUUUAGAGAAGGUUUAUUACUGGAGUGACAACUUACGUUCACGUGAAAGCUUCUAAAAACGAAGGGAAGAAGUUUUCAAGAACAAAAAGGGAAAAGAGAAACCGGAGCCAGUUUGGGAUGCUACCACCGGCCGGGAUGCACACUCGCCGCGCGCUGAGUUCCUUACUGUGCGUGAUGAGCUGCGCGUGGCUGCACUCUGGACUGGCCUCACGGCAUAAAUCUCCCGUUCUGCCCAUCCAUUCGGAGAGGGAACCUUUACCAUCCAAGGGCAUGUCAGGAUGUUCAUUCGGAGGAAGAUUCUAUUCUCUGGAGGACACUUGGCACCCUGACCUCGGGGAGCCGUUUGGAGUCAUGCAUUGUGUCCAAUGUUACUGCGAGACACAAAGGGGUCGUAAGAGUAAGGUGUUGGGGAAGGUGAGCUGUAAGAACGUCAAGCGGGACUGUCCUGAGCCUAGCUGUGAUGACCCAGUACUGCUACCUGGACAAUGCUGCAAGACCUGCCCCAAAGGCGAGGUGGACAGGAAGCAGGCGGAGGCGGUGUUUGAUGGCUUCGAGUACUUCCAGGAGAAGGAGAAAGAGGAUGACCUGCACAAGUCCUACAAUGACCGCUCAUACCUCAGCUCUGAGGACAUUUCCUCUGGGGAGAGCCGCACUGACUUUGUAGCAGUGUUGACGGGAGUGACAGGCUCCUGGUUACCCAGCUCCAGUGGUGUGGCCCGGGCACGCUUCUCUCUCACUAGAACCAGCCUGACCUUCUCCAUCACCUACCAGAGGAUUGGGCGACCAAGCAGGGUUGCCUUCCUUGAUUCAGAUGGAAACACUGCGUUUGAGUACAAGACCCCUAAGAGAGACUCAGACAUGAUCUGCGGGGUGUGGAAGAAUCUUCCCCAAUCCCACGUGCGACAGCUACAGGCAGAACAACUUCGGGUUACUAUGACAACAGCCACUGGUAGACGGGAGCAGAUCGAAGGAAAGAUCAUCAAACACAGAGCACUGUUCGCAGAGACGUUCAGCUCCACUCUGACCUCAGAAAAAGAGCAUUCUGGGAUGGGAGGCAUCGCCAUGCUGACUCUGAGUGACACAGAGAACAACCUUCACUUCAUCCUCAUACUCCAGGGACUGAUACAACACAGACAGAGAGACUCCCCCCUGGUGCCCAUCCGGGUACGACUGCAGUACAGCCAACAUGUCCUGAGAGAGAUCCAUGCCAACGUCACCGCCUAUGACCCAGACUUUGCUGAGGUACUGACAGACCUGAACAGUCGGGAGCUCUUCUGGUUGUCAAGGGGCCAGCUGGUGAUCGCCGUAGAAACCGAGGGCCCGGACCCCAGACACAUCUCUGGCUUCAUCACCGGCAGGAAGUCAUGUGACACCAUCCAGAGUGUCAUGUCCAGUGGUGAUGCAUUGACAGCAGGGAAGACAGGCGGUGUGGGAUCAGCAUUCUUUCAUCUCCAUGACAACGGCACCCUGGACUACCAGGUCCAGAUAGCGGGGUUAUCCAGUGAAGUGGUGGGUCUGACCAUCGAGCUAAAGCCUCGGCGGCGCAGUAAGCGCUCCGUGCUGUAUGACCUAGCUCCAGAGUUCGACAGGCCCAGCGGGCGAGCGACAGGAAGCUGGAGUCGUCUGGAGGCGCGUCACAUCCAUAUGCUGCUGCAGAACGAACUGUUCAUCAACGUGGCUACGGCACACAGCCAGGAGGGGGAGCUACGUGGACAGAUCAGAGGCCUGCUCUACAGCGGUCUGGAGGCACCCAGACAUGAGGUCCCUAUCCCUCUGGCAGGCCAGUUUGUGUCCCCUCCAGUCCUGACCAGUGCUGGGGGCCAUGCCUGGGUGUCUGUGGAUGAGCGCUGUCACCUCCAUUAUGAGAUCGUGGUGGCAGGCCUCAGCAAAGCUGAUGACCUCACAGUCAGCGCCCAACUUCAUGGAUUUGCCGAAAUCGGAGAGCUUGGCGAGAGCAGCACCAAUCACAAGAGACUGCUGACAGGGUUCUACGGUUCUCAGGCCCAGGGUGUGUUGAAGGACAUCAGUGUAGAGUUGUUGCGUCACCUGGACAGAGGGACAGCCUUCAUUCAGGUCAGCACCAAGGUCAACACCAGAGGAGAGAUACGUGGACGGGUCCAUGUGCCUAACAACUGUGAGUUUGGAACAAGGGGUGAGGUGGAGGUGGCUGAGUUUGAUGGCCUGUUUGUGCAUGAUCCUGAGGAACUAAAGAAAGAUCCCCACACCUGUUUCUUCGAGAGUCAACACCAUGCCCACGGCUCACUCUGGACCCCGAACUACAACAACUGUUUCACCUGCAGCUGUCAGAAGCGCACAGUGAUCUGUGACCCGGUCAUCUGUCCAGUCCUCACCUGUUCUCGCACCAUCCAACCUGAGGACAAGUGCUGCCCCGUGUGUCUCGAGCGGAAAGACCCCAAGAACAUGAAGACUCCAGAGAGGCUAGAUGAGCAUCCAGAAGGUUGUUACUUUGAGGGGGACCAGAAGAUGCAUGCUCCUGGGUCAACAUGGCAUCCAUUCGUCCCUCCAUUUGGCUACAUCAAGUGUGCCCUCUGCACCUGCAAGGGGGCGACAGGCGAGGUGCACUGUGAGAAGGUGACGUGUCCAGCCCUGACCUGCAGUCGUCCGGUACGCCGUAGCCCCUCAGACUGCUGUAAGGAAUGUCCGGAGGAAGGCAAACCCCUCUUGGUGCACGCUGACAUGAUGCAGGCAGACGGAACGCGUCACUGCAAGUUUGGGAAGAACUUCUACCAGAACAGUGACAACUGGCACCCCCGUGUACCCCUGAUGGGAGAGAUGAAGGCAUCACCCUGUUGGUGUGACCAUGGUGUGACUAAGUGUCAGAGGAAACAGUGUCCAGUCCUGACCUGUAGUAACAUCACCCGCCGGGAGGGCAUGUGCUGUCCUGAGUGCCAAGAUUCCAAAGAGGAAGAGGAGGAGCUGAUGAAAGUUCCGGAAAAGCAGAACAGCUGGAGACACUGAGCUGAGAUCCCCUCUCCACCCGCAUACCCCACUUCUACCUUCCCCGCACCCCCCCCCCCCCCCUCUCUCUACCUACCCCCUCAUGGGCAGACCUAGACCUGCACACUGGGUCAGCUAACACCCCCUAAAAUCAAGACCCCUAUAACCCUCCAGCCCCAACCCACAAACCCCCCUGUCCACUCCCACCCCUUAGUCAGCCUAAGGAUUGUAACGAAGGAAGGAAAGACAAACAGAGGAAAAGAAAGAAGCACUGAGGUGUCAUGGAAGAGAAUGGAAAGAAGGGAACAACAGGAGAUCUGAAGUGGACCAACCACAGCUGCUGCAGCAGUGUCUUUUGACUGGUUCCUCCUUUAAAAUGUGCCAUUUUUGUUUUGUUUCCAGUUCUUUUGUCUCCCCGUGAUGAAUUUUGCCCGCCCUUUCAUAAAUCACAUACAAUUACCCUUCAUAUUCGAAUACAACAAGGUUUGCUUGGUUGUUAAAAUGGAUGUGUUGGUAAUCUUUGCAUCACCACACAUAUGUCCUGUCAUCCCAUCCAGUCAGCACCACACAUAUGUCCUGUCAUCCCAUCCAGUCAGUACCACACAUACGACCUGUCAUCCCAUCCAGUCAGCACCACACAUACGUCCUGUCAUCCCAUCCAGUCAGCACCACACAUACGACCUGUCAUCCCAUCCAGUCAGCACCACACAUACGUCCUGUUAUCCCAUCCAGUCAGCACCACACAUACGUCCUGUCAUCCCAUCCAGUCAGCACCACACAUACGACCUGUCAUUCCAUCCAGUCAGCACCACACAUACGUCCUGUUAUCCCAUCCAGUCAGCACCACACAUACGUUCUGUCAUCCCAUCCAGUCAGCACCACACAUACGACCUGUCAUUCCAUCCAGUCAGCACCACACAUACGUCCUGUUAUCCCAUCCAGUCAGCACCACACAUACGUCCUGUUAUCCCAUCCAGUCAGCACCACACAUACGACCUGUCAUUCCAUCCAGUCAGCACCACACAUACGUCCUGUUAUCCCAUCCAGUCAGCACCACACAUACGUUCUGUCAUCCCAUCCAGUCAGCACCACACAUACGUCCUGUUAUCCCAUCCAGUCAGCACCACACAUACGUCCUGUUAUCCCAUCCAGUCAGCACCACACAUACGUUCUGUCAUCCCAUCCAGUCAGCACCACACAUACGUCCUGUUAUCCCAUCCAGUCAGCACCACACAUACGUUCUGUCAUCCCAUCCAGUCAGCACCACACAUACGACCUGUCAUCCCAUCCAGUCAGCACCACACAUACGUCCUGUUAUCCCAUCCAGUCAGCACCACACAUACGUCCUGUUAUCCCAUCCAGUCAGCACCACACAUACGACCUGUCAUCCCAUCCAGUCAGUACCACACAUACGACCUGUCAUCCCAUCCAGUCAGCACCACACAUUACGUCCUGUUAUCCCAUCCAGUCAGCACCACACAUACGUCCUGUUAUCCCAUCCAGUCAGCACCACACAUACGUUCUGUCAUCCCAUCCAGUCAGCACCACACAUACGUUCUGUCAUCCCAUCCAGUCAGCAC